AUGUCCUCAGAAUAUUUAGAAUGGCAUUUAAUAAACGCCUACGUUUGUGAUUUGUUAAAGACAAAGCCGAUAUUGUUAGAAAAUGAUCUCUUUGGAAUUGCCUGCAAGAGUUUACAAUCACUAUCAAAGAAUAAUUCAAAUUUGCCCAAAUAUGUAUCUGAGUAUGCCUCCAAAUUACUUGUGAAAUGGAAAGGACCUGAAAGAGAACACUGGUUUGAAAUUGCUAAAAAAGCUGUUCAACGUAUGCGUGACGAUGAAAAGAUCGAAGCGAAUAAAGCUGAAAUUCGACAGAAAAAAGUUAUUCAACAUCAGAGAAUUGCUACUACUGCGAUUGAGCUCGUCACCACUGAGCUUGACGAAUUACCACGCAAACAUGUCCUAGAUGCAGAUGGCGAUGAAAAAAAGAAUACUGAAGGAGCUACAAUUCUGGCGAAAAAGUGUAAAACUGAAUCCGAAAAUAAGACAAAAAGUGGGAGAACUGUUGUGCCGAAUUAUAGUCAUUUUUAUGGCGAAUCGAUAACAGAUGACGAUGCCUCUGAAAAUUCUUCUUCUAGUAGUUUAUAUGAGCUAAACGAUGAGGUGGUUACUCAAAAGAACGACCACUUUGAUAAAAAUCAAGAUAUUCAAAUUGACAAUCAGAACUCCUCAACGUUAACAGCUUCAAGUACCAUUGAAACAGAUGAAUCAAAUCAGAAAUCGUUAAAAGAUCUGCUUGGUGGCAAUCUUUAUUGCUCAGAAAAUAUGAAAUCCAUCUGCCAACACCAUGAUACACUAUAUCCUGAUGAAAAUUUAAUAGACUUACGGCCCAAUUCAAACUAUUUCAAUAAGCUUCCUUUCAAAAUUCUGGAACCAUAUUUUAAAGAGCUUGACGACAAAAUUGAAAAUUUAAUUCCACUAAAUAUUCACGAAUUCCUGAUAGAGUUUUUUCAGCAAGAUUUGACCAGCGAGGAAUGGCACAUCAAGAUUGAUGAUCUAUGCUGUUUAGAUCAAAGUGAUUGGCUAAUGGCGUCUCUUUGGUAUAUUUCAGCAAUAUGCUAUGAAUUCGGAGAAAUUGGAUCAAAAAAUCACGUAAAACGUGAAUGCGCUGAUGGUGUAGGACACCUAAAUACUGCUGAUAAAUUUCAGCUAGUUUAUAUGGAAGGCACAAGGAUAAAUGCUAAAAAUGACAAAGAAAUAACGGAUGCCUCCAAAAUAUCUAAUAACCUUCAAAGCAUUUUUAUAAAUAUAAUAAAAGAUAACAUAAAAUGUAGACGCAGAUUUCCCAAAACACUUGCUGUUUUCGGUGGGCAAAGUUUCCGCCUUAGAAUUCACCUACAAUUUUUAAACUAUUGUGAAGGAAAGUUCUGUCUGAAUGAAGUGGAUAAUGCGAAUCUUCCACGUGACUUUACAGAGAUGGUGGACUUUGUGUUCUUUUAUGAAUGCGUGAUAAAGUGGGCCUUGCUGGCUCGGGAAGUAAAGGAAGGUUUCGAAAAAUCAAGAUCCCAACAAAGGCCUUCGAGAUUCUCCUACAUUAAUAGCUUGAAUGUAGCAAAUACUCUAUAA